AUGAACAAUUACCAACGAUUGUACAGACAUUGUACCUUUCGUUUUAUCAUCAUAAUUUUACAGUUAAUAAUUAUUUUUAUUUUAAUUCGACGAGAUUUACGAGAAUCAUCAUUCCCGAGGACACCAUUAUCUGAGAACAACAUUAUACAGACAAAACCAACGAGUGAAAUAUCACUAACACAAUUGGAUACGAAAUAUCAUACUAGUAAAGGACAAGUUCAUCGUUAUACUCGUUUCUAUGAACAUUAUUUAAGUAAAUAUCGUAAUACUAAAUUUUCUCUACUCGAAAUUGGUCUUGGUUGUGGCAUGUCAUGGGGUGUAGGUGUGUCGGCAGCGCUAUGGCGAGAAUAUUUUGGUCCAACAGCUGAUAUUCAUUUUCUUGAGUAUGAUAAACAAUGUGGUGAAAAAUGGUUGCAGGGUCCUGGUCAAAAGUUGAAUGUAACAAUGCACUACGGUUCUCAAGAUGAUCGAUCAUUUCUUAAAUCUUUUGCUAAAAGUAAUGCAAACACUUUUGAUGCAAUUAUAGAUGAUGGUGGUCAUCGAAUGACACAGCAAAUCAAUAGUCUUAGUAUUCUUUUACCAGCUGCUCUUCGUUCGGGUGGUACUUAUGCUAUUGAAGAUAUUUAUACAAGUUAUUUAUCUGAAUUUGAUGGUGAAUAUUUAAAAGAAUCGACAUUAAUUGAAUUUCUUAAACAUCUUAUCGAUGAUAUUCAAUCAGGAUCCCCAACACAUAAGAACAGUACUCUUGGGCUACUACUUCAUUCGUUUGAAAUAAGUGAUAAAAUAUGUCUUUUCACAAAAAAAUAA